GCUAGCGCUGGAGAGUUAGACGCGUCCCGGUUCUUGGGUGAUCAUCUUUCUUGCGCGCAAAGGAGACGUCAGAACGGAGCGUACGCGGCCUUCCUGCCCGUUUAACGUCGCUUGGGUUCGGGUCGAAGGAGGUACAGGAGUGCGGUGCGAACGGCGGACUGACUGCCACUGGCGCAACAAGCAUGGGAUUAUUAUUCGGUGCGUAAUGUUGCCACUCAGCCUCUGCGGGAAAGCGCGCAGCCAUGUGAGAUGUCCCGGAUCCUGCCUCUCUGUGUUUGUGUGUAAUGUGUGGAUAGUAACCCCCCCACCUCGCCCCCAACUCCCCACCCACCCCCGAGGAUCGCUCGACAAGUGAAGAGUUUGGGGCGCAAAGAGGAUUUUUUUUUUUUGUUUUUUUUUUUUUUUUGCACGCCGCUGCACCUACAGGAUCCUCUUUUUAAAAGCCUUGCUUGUAAAUACUAACUUCAUGAACGCGAAGCCCACCGCCUCCCACCACCACCACCAGCAACAGCACCACCGCGGAUUCUAACACCUCACCCGGAUUUGGAUUUGACAACACCAUGAACUUUAUUGACAGUUUGACACUAUUAUUUCUGACGCUGUCGGCUGUCAAGAGUGCCCAAUUACCGAGGGAAACGCAGCGAGGUCCACAUGACGUGAUCCCCUUGAUAGAGGUGUACAACAAGAGCUUGUGUAAGCCUCGGGAGCUGCUGGUGGAGAUCCUGCAAGAGUACCCCGAGGAGGUGGAGCACAUCUUCAUCCCGUCCUGUGUGGUGUUGACGCGCUGCGCCGGCUGCUGCAACGACGAGACGCUGCAGUGCAUGCCCACGUCCAGCUACAACGUGACCAUGGAGAUCAAAAGAGUAACAACACAAAGGCAAAAAAAUGAUAUCUUCAUGAGUUUUACAGAACACAGCGCAUGCGAGUGUAGGGUAAAGAAAGAAGUGAAAGAGCUGAGAGAAAAACAAUCCCGGCGAGGCCCGGCUAAAGGCCAAAAACGAAAGCGAAAGAAAAACCGAGACAUAACAAUUGGCGAUGUUGUUUGCAAGCCGUGCUCAGAGAGAAGGAAGCAUUUGUACUUGCAGGAUCCGCAAACCUGCCACUGCUCCUGCAAACACACCAUCGAGUUUUGUAAAGAUCGCCAACUAGAGCUCAACGAGAGGACCUGCAGAUGUGACAAGCCCAGAAGAUGAGGGAGGAGGAACACCAUGCACAUACAAGAUGAAGGAAUACUCCGUUCUAUUAUUAGAACGUAAUACAACGGAUAUUUCACAGCACAGCACUUUGACAUUUUUGACCCGUAAGCUCUUCUUCUCUGUGGAAAGCAUUCCGCUCUCGACUGCCAGAGAGGGAUGGACUGUUGCCUCCCACUGUACAUCGACAGUAUCCGUGUGUGUGAGUUAGUGUGUAGACCAGCAUACUACACAACUGUUUGCUGCUACAAAAAAAAAAAAAAAAAAAAAUCUACACUAAAACAAUGCAUCAUUUGACGGAAGCGCCUUCUAACCGCCUUGUUGCUUUUACUUCACUGGAUGCGAGUCUACUGUGCUGGUGCGCAAAAUGCUUGGAGAUUUAAGACUGCUUUAAGACGACAAGGGUGAAGAGGAAGAGUGCUCUGGCAUGGAUUCACACGCGGAUGUCUACUUUUACUGGCACAGCGGGUGGGGAAUCUUCCAAAAGUUGGCUGCUUUUCCCUCCAAGGACAUUUUCAUCACACGACACAAGGAGUGCCUUUAAAGGGAUACUGCUAGCCAACAUGCUAUUAUAGCUGGCGUGAAAGAAAACCACUGAAUGAAAACUCUACUGUAGUUUGAUUCCAUCGGGAAAACCAGUGCCUCGCUUAAAAAAAAAAAAAAAAAAUAAAAAAAAAAGACGAAGAAAAGUGCUUUAUAAAUUAUUUGUUCAUUUUCCAGGCAAAUGGGGAUUUAACACAGUAGUUCUUCAUUUACACGUCCUCUCUUGACUUGUAUAUAGCUAAUAUUAUCCCUUCAUGCCAUAGUUCAUUUUAGAUAAUUUAUAAGGUCAUAGAGUAUUUUUCAGUAUUCAUUUUGUUGCCCAUAUUUAAUGUGCUCUAUUUAUAUAUGCAGUGUUGUGUCCCAUCUCUCCCAAUGACUGUCCCAUUUAGCAUGGAUUCUCUGUGCUUUUAUUUGUAUUUUUUUUUUACAUAUAUAACUGAAAUUUAAAAAAAAAAAAAAAAAAAAAGAACAGAUAUUUACUAACAUUCCCUAAACGGUUCCUUUGUAGCGAGGACACCUCCAGAAUUAUUAAGCCGCUCGUCCGCAAAGCAUGUGAUGAACUUUUAGCACGUGUAGAAAUGUAUGUCAGGAAGUAGCACGUGUGUUUUGCCCGCAACAUGCAAAUACAGAAGAACUGCUGCUACAAACACCACCAUUACUACGACUACUUCCAUCACCAACAACACAUGUUCGAAAUCUAUAUAAACAACCUCCGCCAUCAGUCUUAGAAACCUGAUUCAUUAGCUCCUUUUUUGUUAUUGUUGUUCCAUCACUCAUAAUCUGUUUUUAUGUGUCCAUGUAAAACAGUAAAGCAUAUUUAUUUUCAAAUUAUAUUGUUUUUAUAUAAAAUACAGAAACGUU